AUGCAGCUACUUUCCGUCUUAGUCGUCUUCGCCGUUUUUGGCCACUGUCAUGGCGGAACACAAUAUAAAAGAAUAUCAGAAUCCCAGGAAAAUGGAGCUCAAGAUUGGACGUCGGCUUAUAAGAAAGCUCGGGCCAUGGUGUCACAGAUGACACUAGAAGAGAUGAACGGAUUGACAUACGGAAUUGGUUCCUCAACAGGAUGCGUCGGGACUUCAGGCGGUGUUGCCCGUCUAGGAUUCCCAGGGUUGUGCUUUCAAGAUGCCGAGAAUGGAGUCCGGUCCGUUGAUGGAGCGAGUUCAUUCGCGUCUGGGAUUCACGUUGGAGCGUCAUGGAACCCCUCCGUGGCAUACGAGAGAGCCCUUUACAUGGGCGCAGAAUUCAAGACGAAGGGCGUGAAUGUGGCCCUUGGCCCAGUCGUGGGACCGAUUGGACGCAUCGCACAGGGCGGUCGCAACUGGGAGGGCUUUGCUACUGACCCGUAUCUCACCGGCAUAUUAGGCGCUGAGACGGUUCGGGGGAUGCAGAAGUCGGUCAUUACUUCCGUGAAGCAUUAUAUUGGAAAUGAGCAAGAGACCAACCGGAAUCUGGAUACCACAACAAGCACAGAUGCUGUGAGCUCGAAUAUCGAUGACCAGACAAUGCACGAGCUAUAUCUUUGGCCAUUCCAUGAUGCCGUUGAAGCUGGCACAGGAUGCAUUAUGUGCAGCUACAAUCGCAUAAACAACACAUACGGCUGCUCCAACAACAAGACAAUGAAUGAUCUGCUGAAAACAGAACUCGAUUUCAAGGGAUUUAUGGUCAGUGAUUGGGGAGCUCAACACGACCAGCUUCCAUCCGCGCAAGCAGGCCUGGAUGUGGCAAUGCCAAACAGCCAGUACUGGCAGAACGGCGCCCUUGCUGAUGCCGUUGGAAAUGGAACUCUCAACAAAGAUCGCCUGGUGGAUAUGGCGACGAGGAUCGUUGCAACUUGGUAUCAAUUCGGCCAGGAUUCUCCAAGCUACCCAGUCGCGGGUGUAGGUGUACCAUCAAACCUCAAUGAUCCGCACGACUAUGUCAACGCGAAAGACCCAGUUGGAAAACCAGCUCUCUUGCAACAGGCAAUUGAAGGACACGUAUUGGUUAAGAACAACGGAGCUCUCCCUCUGAAAAAUCCUCGGGUUUUAUCGAUUUUCGGCUACGGUGCCACCGUCCAGGAAAUCUAUGACGACAACUCCUUCGAAUUCAGCUUUAACUGGGAAAUUGCCAACAAUCUAACUCAGGGCCAGAUUACCAUCGAAGGACAGAACGGGAUUGUGUCUAAUCCCCCUACUACUGCAAACGGAGUGCUCAUCGUCGGAGGCGGAUCUGGAUCGAAUACUCCCUCUUAUAUCAGUUCGCCUUACGACGCUUUGCAAGCAAGAGCGUACGAGGAUAACUUCCAAUUGUUCCACGAUUUUACGUCAAACAAUCCCACUGUCGAAGCUGCCUCAGACGCAUGUAUAGUGGUCAUCAACGCUUAUUCCUCUGAAGGAUGGGAUCGCACUACUGGCCUGACAGACGCAACCAGCGAUCAACUCGUUACGAACGUGGCAUCGCAGUGCGCAAACACCAUCGUAGUAAUUCACAAUGCCGGCCCCCGCAUCGUGGACGCUUGGGUCGACAAUCCAAGGGUUGCCGCAGUGAUAUUUGCGCAUCUACCAGGCCAGGAUGCAGGUCAGGCGCUGGGGAAAAUCCUGUUUGGAGACGUCAGCCCGAGUGGUCGAUUACCAUACACAUUGGCUCGAGAUCCGACAGAUUAUGGCAACCUUCUUGCUCCCGGCGCUGAUGGGACGCAAAAUCCGCAGUGUGAUUUCACAGAAAGCGUUGAGAUCGACUAUAGGGGCUUCCUGGCGCGCAAUGUGACGCCGAGGUUUGAAUUUGGAUAUGGACUGACGUACACCAAUUUCACAUACUCCAAUCUUAACGAUAACGUACGUGCCUCGUCUGGAGUCGGCACAGGUCAGAGUUUAUUACAGACUGUUGGUUCUAUCAAGGCAACGAUUCAUAAUACAGGGAGCGUUGAAGCAUCUGAGGUUGCGCAGCUAUACUUGCAGCUUCCAGGGGCGAACACACGAGCAUUGAGAGGCUUUCAGAAGCUUCGCAUAGCGCCUGGAAAGUCGGAGAUAGCACAAUUUAAUCUGCGCAGGAAGGAUAUUAGUAGCUGGAAUGCGGUAACUCAGGCAUGGGAAGUGCCCAAGGGAAAGAUUGUUGUAUAUGUAGGCAAAAGCGUGCUGGAUAGCCAGUUACAAGGGAGUAUAACCAUCUAG